GCGAAGGUGUAGUGGUUCGCACGGCCAGCGACCAACCAGCGUCCGCCUGAUUCGGCAAGCUACUUCGUAAUCGGCAGGGCUUGGCGCUCAAGCUCGUGGAUUUCCGUCACCACUACAGACGUCCCUCGGCCAUCGCCACCUCGACCCAACGCUCUCCACUCCUUCCCCGGGCCCUUUCCUUUGUUUCGACAGCCGCCAUGUUGUCGUCUACGAGGUCUGCCGCCUCAAUGGCUCUACGAGCCAAACCCGCGAGUGCGCUGCUGCCCUUCCGCGCCGGGAGCGUCGCCUUCCUCUCCAACACGUCCGCGAACAAUGCGACCACCAUGAAGCCCGGGCUCGUGUCUGGUAAUCCCGGAACACCGCCCCCGAUGAAGCAGGCGCGCGCCGAAGUGCCGCUGCCGAGCCAGGAAGGGAAGAAGGGCGCUAUGCAAUACGCGCUCACCACACUCGACCAGAUUGCCAACUGGGCACGACAGAGCUCGCUCUGGCCCAUGACGUUUGGUCUCGCCUGCUGCGCCGUCGAGAUGAUGCAUCUGUCCGCACCCCGCUACGACCAGGACCGUCUCGGUAUCAUUUUCCGCGCCUCCCCCCGCCAGUCCGAUGUCAUGAUUGUCGCCGGCACCCUCACCAACAAGAUGGCCCCCGCCCUGCGCCAGGUCUACGACCAGAUGCCCGAGCCGCGCUGGGUCAUCUCCAUGGGCAGCUGCGCCAACGGAGGCGGCUACUAUCACUACAGCUACUCGGUCACACGAGGGUGCGACAGGAUCGUGCCCGUGGAUAUCUACGUCCCUGGAUGCCCGCCCACGGCAGAAGCCCUCAUGUACGGCGUGUUCCAGCUGCAGAAGAAGAUGAGGCACACCAAGAUCACACGGAUGUGGUACAGGAAGUGAGGGCGCGGUCGUUUUUGGGUUUCCUACUGUUCUGUUCCUGCGAUAGCUUGCGCGUGGGCAUUAAAAGAGCUCACUACUGUACAAAAUGAACUUUACAUGACCAAGUGCAGC